UUGUGUGCCUCGCAGAUGCGGAGUAAACGGACGUUGGAGCAAAUACACGCUCACACACACACACACACACACACACACACAGAGGGGACCAUAACCCUGACACAACUCCGCUGUCUUUUCUCCUCUGAGGAAACUAAACGAGACUUCUGACAACUUACUGCUCGCAGUUUUACUUCGUGUUUACGGAAAGUUGAGAGGAAUACUGCCUUGAACUUUUUGUACGCCUGGAAGCUGAAGGAGAAAGAUUCCUUCAACUGAGCUGAAUUGAAGGAACAGGAUGGCUUCAAACUCUAAACACCUGGAAUUACACUUGCUUUGAUAACCUCCCACAAAUCCCAAGGAACUUUAAAAAGAACCGAAAGCCUAGUUACUGAUUUGGAUCACAACUGAAAGACUGCCAUCAUGCCUAUUCUCAAGCAGCUAACGGGCAACUCCAACCAGUCGAAGAGGAGGUCAAGGGCUGACCUGACAGUUGAAAUGAUCAGUGCUCCUUUGGGGGACUUCCGUCACACCAUGCACGUGGGUCGAGGCGGGGACGCCUUUGGAGACACUUCAUUUCUCAGCUCCCGAUCAGGGGAACCGCCAAGGGAGUCCCACACAAAGGAAAGCUCACCAGGUCCCAAACCAGGGCUGCUGUCCCGCACCUUCAGAAGCAGCAAGAGGUCCCAAUCUGUUAACAGAGUAGACAAGUAUGAGACCCCCACACUGCCUUCUGCUGCCACAUCUCUGCCUUACCUGAACGCUGAGAGUUCAAACAUGGGCAACCAACUGCCAAAAAGUGUCUCCUCCAGUCCUAUGAAGACGCUGGUGGAAAGCAAGCCGAUGAACGGAGGGGCGGCUAUGGCCACAAUGGACGCCGAGCUUGACGAACGAAACUUCGGUGAACUUAAAGACCUGCCUCCGUCCAUGCCGAAAGGAGGUGGGAUGAAAAAAGCAGAAUCCGUAAUGUCCUUCCACAUCGACUUGGGCCCUUCAAUGCUUGGGGAUAUCCUCAGCGUGAUGGAGAAGAAAAACUGGGAGGAGGACGACCUCGGCUUUGAGGAAGGCAAAGGUAGUGAGGAGCAUGCAUCGCCAUCCCACAUUCCUCACAUCGACGAUGACGACGCAGAGGAGUGGGCACCUUCGAGACCACCUCGCAGUAAUUUCCAACUCGAGCAAAAGGUCACGGCGGAUCCCUACGAUCCGGAGAUCAGCGAAUCAGAAAGGAACAACCACCACACGGAUAGCUGCUCUGUGUCCAGCUCUGGUUCGGAAAAGCCUCAGUACAACCUCCAUGACGGCAACACAAACAGUGUGAAGUACAGUUCGCCACACAGGGAUGAUGAUUUCGACUUCAUGGAUCAGGAGGAUGACGAGAUUAGAGUCUAGAUUGAGCAAGAAGUCUGUGCCACGCAGAAGAAACCGGAACUUAGGAGACCACCAUAGGAGGGGAUUACAGUCAGAGUCGAGAAGGUUUUUACUCACUGUAGAUCAGUCUAAUGUUAGAUCAGUUUUAUCAACACUAUAAAUAAAACCCAUUAAGUCUUUUUUCACUUCAUAGCAAGGAGACUGACAGCUAUUUUUUUUUUGUUUUUAAUGUUUGGAUUGGUUGAUGCUAUUUUUUUACCAGAUGUCAACUCAGAGUACAUUAUUUUUCACAAGUUUUAAAUGAUAAAGGCAAAGAUAAAUCAGCAGGGAAAAUUGCCCAUUUUUAAAAGGAAGUGAAAGGUGGCGGCAAGAUUAGAGAGCGGACUGUGUGGAUGUGUUGUCAGCUCCAGUGAAUGUGGAGGUAAAGAAGAAGAGAUGAAACUGAUAGGUUUGUAAUCCCAGCGGUUUGAAGGUGUAGACACUACAGAGAUAGAGUUAUUACUUUUGCUCAUGUCGGAGUUUGCUUUUCUUAAAUCAUUUUGUGUACAGACACUAUAAGGAUGUCAGUUAAGCAUAGCCUCUUACGUCUGAUGUGGGUCUAUUAUAUUUGCCUCCUUCCUAAAUUGAUCUGUCAGCUGUAAAAUAUUUUUUAAAUGGUUUUUGUAAGGGAUUGAUUUGAGAAGCAAAUGUGAACUUCGGAGUCUUAAAGGUUUUUGAUGUAUUUGGUUGGGGGACUAUUUUAUGGUACUAUACUGUGAUCAAUCUCAAUGACGCUAAGUACUAAACUCAAGACACCGGAUUUUGUGUGCUGCAUCACUUCUGAAAGCAAAAUGCCUUCUCGCACAUCAGUUGGACUCUAUCAGCACAAGGAAGACACCUCAUCAAUUUCUGUGCACUCUCACGAAACUGACACUCAGAAUCGCUGUGCAACUUGGGGCUUCUGUAAAUUUUAGAGGUUUUUGUGUAUGUAUUCUCUUUUCUUUUGAAUAUGCAGGAGUGGUGGAUGUUUUUUUUGAAGAUGUGUGAAUGUAUAAUUUGUCAUCAUUAAAGGACGAUGGUGCAUUGGCUCUCAAAAGCGUACACCGCUUUUUACAAUGCCAAGUUUUUUGUAAUCUUGAUAGAUGAUCUCAAAACUUUUUCCACAUACAAUGUGGCAUUUUUCCUCUGGGGAAAAAAAAAACAACAAACAUUAAAAAUUGAAAUAGCCAAUGGAUUGACAUGCUUUGCUUUAUAAUUUCCAACCAACUUAUGGUUAAAAUUCAUGUAUUUAUCCUGUCAUAAAUUGCCUGAUUUCCCAAUAUGCAUGGAUUUAUUUGAUUUCUAUUUGAGCACCUUUUGAUUCAAUGUCUGCAUUUAGUCACGGCUUUAGUUCAAACCUUUUAACUGUUAUAGUAUUAAUUAAUUUUUUUAUUUAAAAAAAAAAAGUCAACUUUCUGUUUCUACUUAAACAAAACUAAUUGUUCGCUCAGAUAUAUUUUCCAUAUUUGGAACAGAUUUUUUUAUUUAUUUUUUAAUCCGUGUAGAUGAAUUUAUGAAUGGCCAGUAUUGGCCCAAAGCCUGCUAGAAAGCUGGAGAUUAGGAGGGAUUACAUUUUUCAGCAUCACAGUCUAAGCAUACAUCAAAAACAAAAUGGUGGCUUUACAAGAAGAAAAAUAACGUUUUGAAAUGGUUUUGAGAUCAGAAUUAAAUCUCCAGGAAGGCACCACCUGUGGUCAAGCGAUAGCACCCCAGUCUGGUGGAUUUGGACAAAUUGUACAAAAUUGAGUUGGCAAAUAUUUUCCAGUCAAGGUGUGUGAUCUACCAAAGAAGACCGGAUGUCAAAACUAAAUCAAAAACUUCUUCAGCACAGUGUUAGUUUUCAGGUUGUACACAUUUUUGGAACCAGGCUAUUGCACCUUGUCACGCUUUUUCUCUAUGAUCUGUCCUCGUUUGCUGGGAGUCUGCUCUGGUUUAAUCUCUAUACUAACUGUACAGGGUUCCACUUUUUACUUUGAUGCAGGAUGAAUGUUUGGCUAUAUGUGGAAAAAGUUUUAAGUCGUCCGUCAAGGUGAACUUGUUUUACAUUCCAUGUCCUGGCAUUUUAAUGGUGGGAUAGAGGGGGCUUUUGAGAGGAGCUGAAAUAUUAGGAGGUCAGUGGCCGCAAUUUCUACAGCCUGUGGCUUGUUUGUGAAAGCAGAAAGGGGACAAAAAAGUAAGUGCAGUGUUGAACCACACGUGGUUAGCUGAAAGCCUUUUGCUAGGUCUCCAAGCACUGAGAGGGAAACAUACCUGCUGAACUGACCCCCACCCCAAAGUAGAGGACGCUGACUUUCUCUCUCGAAGUCAAAUCAUACGGUAGAAGUUUAACCUACAAAUUACAUGAGCCGGUCCGAUUUGCCUGCCCUCUUUAAAAGCUGGAACUGCUCCAGCAACAGACAGAUUGACAUUUUUUUUUUUUUUUAUCUUGAGCUUUUUAUGUCUGUGUCAGGCCAUAAAUUACCAAGUCAUACUUUCCUUUUUAAUACACCUGGGAGAAACGUGACCCUUUUU